AUGCCGGUAGACCUACUGACAGACGCCUCCACGGUCACACCAGGUGGUCGCUUCAGCACUAAAAUCAAGCUCAAUGUGCAGAUGGAAGUUCUAGGACUGUUCAUUGACAGGAAACUCCAGUGGACAAGCCAUCUGUCUGACAUCUGCAAACGUGCUGGAGCACUGCGGAAGUUGGCCAACAAGCGUGAUCCCAGAGGCAGAGCCAACGUGUACUCAACACAGGUCAGGAGCAUCAUGGAGUCCUCCUUCCAUGCCUGGAUGAAUGCCUCACAAACCACUCUUACGCAGCUAGAUACACCCAAAAGAUGCUUGGAGUGCUGCAUCAAAUGCCUGGGUGGGAUUCCGUACCCGUCUCUCAUCGCCACCAUCUUGCUGUACGCGGGCGUGGCGUUGUUCUGCGGGUGUGGUCAUCAGGCGUUGUCCGGCACCGUCACCAUCCUGCAGAACUACUUCGAGGUGGUUCGGAGCCCUGUGGACUCACUGGACGUCUUCACCAUGAUCGACAUCAUUAAGUAUGUGAUCUACGGUAUCGCCUCGGCAUUUUUUGUGUACGGCAUCCUGCUGAUGGUGGAGGGCUUCUUCACCAGCGGAGCCAUCAAAGAUCUGUACGGAGACUUCAAGAUCACCACCUGCGGACGCUGUGUCAGUGCCUGGUUCAUCAUGCUGACGUACAUCUUCAUGCUGGCCUGGCUGGGAGUCACGGCGUUCACCUCGCUGCCCGUCUUCAUGUACUUCAACAUCUGGACCAUCUGCCAAAACGCCACCGUGCUGGAGGGCGCCACCCUCUGCCUGGACCCGCGCCAGUACGGUAUUGUGCCAAUUGCCGAGGCAAAAACAGUUUGUGCAGGAUCAGAGAAGUUUUACAAGAUGUGUGAAUCAACUGAGCUGGACAUGACCUUUCACCUGUUCAUCUGCGCCCUGGCCGGGGCCGGAGCUGCCGUCAUUGCAAUGAUCCACUACCUGAUGGUUCUGUCGGCUAACUGGGCCUAUGUGAAGGAUGCCUGCCGGAUGCAGAAGUACGAAGACAUCAAGUCAAAGGAGGAACAGGAGCUCCAUGACAUUCACUCUACCCGCUCCAAAGAGCGUCUCAACGCCUAUACAUAA